UUCAAAAUCCAAAUGUCAAAACGGAUGUCACAGUCAGCUGUAUUUAUUGCCUACUGUUUUGCAAUCGCAUUUUUACGAAAAAGGUUUUAUUUAAUAAAAUAAAUAAUAUAUAGCCAUGGCUUCCCGUUUCAGUGGCGCGUUGCAAUUGACAGAUCUUGACGACUUCAUCACUCCGUCACAGGAAUGCAUAAAGCCAGUAAAGAUCGAAAAGACAAAGACUAAAACUGGUGCGAAAAUAAAGAUAGGCCAAGAUGGCUACUUCGACGUGUCCAAUGGGAGACAACAGAAGUUACAGAAAGUGGAGAUAACGCUGGCAGACUGCUUGGCUUGCAGUGGUUGCAUUACUUCUGCGGAGAGUGUGCUGGUCACAAAGCAAAGCCAGGAGGAGUUACUGAGAGUGUUUGCAGAAAAGAAGUUCACAAACAAUAAAGGCGUGGUGCAAGAUGUGAGUCUGAUUGUAAUAUCCUUAUCGCCACAGCCUGUGUUGUCGCUGGCGGCCAGAUACGGGCUCACAGCUGAGGAAGCUACCACUAAAUUAACAGGUUACUUCAAGAGUUUAGGUGCGCACUUGGUGCUGGAUAUGACAGUAGCCGAAGAUCUGUCGCUGUUGGAGGCGCAGCAGGAGUUCCUGCAGAGGUAUCAGGACCAUCAGAAUGAUCCCACAUCAAAGAAGUUGCCAAUGCUUGCUAGUUCUUGUCCAGGCUGGGUGUGUUACGCAGAGAAAACCCACGGAAACUUCAUCCUCCCCUACAUAUCGACAACCAAGUCCCCACAGCAGAUAAUGGGCACACUCGUCAAACAGUACCUGUCCAGCAUUAGACAGUUGUCCCCAGCGGAGAUAUACCACGUGACCGUGAUGCCCUGCUACGAUAAGAAGCUAGAAGCGUCCAGGGAAGACUUCUACAGCGAUAUACUGAACUGCCAUGAUGUGGAUUGUGUUAUUACUGCCAUCGAGCUAGAACAAAUGCUGGGCACGGACAAGUCCCUGAGUGAAGUAGAGAGCGUGCCCCUGGACUGUCCGUGGCCGGAGAGCCCCGGCGCGGCGCCGGCCCUGCGGCGGCACGGCGGCUCGGGCUCCGGCGGGUACGCCGACCACGUGUUCACGUAUGCCGCAGAGGUGCUGUUCGGGGAGGCUAAUGCUAAGCUCGUCUAUAAGAAUUUGAGGAAUCCAGACUUCCGAGAAGUGACAUUAGAGAAAGACGGUAAGGAGGUGCUAAAGUUCGCCAUCGCGAACGGCUUCAGAAACAUACAGAACCUAGUACAGAAGCUGAAGCGGGGCAAGUCGCCUUACCAUUACGUAGAAGUCAUGGCGUGUCCGUCAGGUUGCCUGAACGGCGGCGCACAAGUCCGUCCGGCGCCCGGCGACAACAGCCGCGAGCUGGUGUCGCAGCUACAAGACAUGUACUCGCGCCUGCCGCCCGCCGCGCCCGCCGACAACAAGCUCGCGCUGCAGCUCUACGCCGACUGGCUCCACGGACGCCACUCCGACAAGGCGCGCGCCACGCUGCACACCGCUUACCACGCGCUGGAGAAGAACGAUAUAGCACUCAAUAUUAAAUGGUAGAAUAUAGCACAAAUGUUAACUGAGCUGAAUAGGGAUAGUGGUUUUGGUUUGUUAUUAAACGAAUUUUGAUAAUGUUCAGUUUGCUCCAUCUCUCUGUGAGGUGAUCACAAGAUCAAUUCCUAUUUCUGCAUCGUCCUAUACAACUAAUUUUACUGUAUAAGCAAAAAAUAAAAUCCAAGUAUUUUUAAUAAAUUACCUAUGCAUGUAUAAUGCAAAGAUUUUAUAUUAUGUGACAUAGCCUUAAUGUAAUAGCGAAAAAGAGAUGUAAAUAAUUGUUGUGAAAAGGAUAAAUUGUUACCCCCCUAUUCAUAGACGUUAUUUAUCUAAGGAACAUUGCUGUGAUAACAAGUCUGUUUCUCAGUGCUGACGGCAUGGCAGCCUUCGCAGUGCGUAGACAUAGGGCAGUUGUGAUUGGCUAAUAUUGAAAUACAACUCUAAUCUAGUUGGCUGUCAGAUCAACACGGGCGAGAAAAAGACUGUUUAUCACAACAAUGCUCCGUUCUUAGAUAAAUAACGUCUAUGAAUAAAGGGGUUAGUUUAUAAGUCGAUGGUUUAAUUACGAA